AUGAAUACCCUAAGAUCAGGUUCUCGGUCGGCCAAUCAACUCCGGCAUCUCAAACAAUUACUCAACAACCGGCGAGCCAUCUCCACCACCACCGCUCCUCCCACUUUCCUUCUAUCCAAUCAUCUCUCUCCCCGUCAUCAUCCAGUACUGCUGCCGCCUUCUUCUUCCGUUACCGCCGUCCGUCAACUCCGCACCGGCCGUGACCCUAGCGGUGGUUUCCAAGAGAUGUAUCAGCCGAACCCGGCUCCUAUUCGGAUGGUUGUGCCGGAGGAAGAAGCAUAUGUUAUUGAGCGGUUCGGUGAGUACGCGAAAACAUUAACAGCCGGAACUCAUCAAUUCAAUCCUGCCUUGGACAAAAUAGCAUAUAUCCUUUCUUUGAAAGAAGGGCCUUUCUCCGUUACUCAUCAAACCGCCUUUACACAAGACAAUAUCUCCAUAUCCAUAGACGGAGAUCUCUUCCUCAAGAUUGUCGAUCCCAAACUCGCGUCCUACGCGGUCGACAAGCCGAAAGACGCUUUGCUCAACCUCGCUCGAACCGCGAUUCGAAGUGAGGUCGGAAAGAUGAAGCUGGAGCAAACUCACGGCGACUGGAAGGUGCUCAAUGAGAAUAUAGCCGCUGCCGUUAACGAAACGGCAAAAGAGUGGGGAUUACAGUGUACUCGUUCCGAAAUCAAUAUGAAGAAGAAAACUCAGCCUCGUGUAAAAACGGUAUUGGCACAUUCAAACGGGCGUCGAAUCAGAAAGACUGAACUAGAAAAGCUGGCUGAUAAAUUUUUUUCGGCUGCUACAAGUUUAUUUGUCCCCAAGGACGUAAAGGUGUUUGGUCCAUUCUUAAAGGCGGAAUGGAAAAGAAUAGAAGAUUCAGUUGCUCAAAAUUUAGAACGGGAGCUUCUUAACCGAGAUGAACCUGCCAAAGGAAUAUCAGAAUCGCCGGAGAAGCUUAAGGAGAAUGGAGGCAAAGAGGAGUUUAUCUCGCAGCUUGACAUAUGUGGAAUUCAGCUGGUGCCGAAUAGGAAGGCCGAGUUUAUCGAGCUAGUCCCGGAGAGGAAAGCAUAUGUUGUAGAGCGAAACGGGAAAUACCUGAAAACAUUGACAGAAGGGAUUCACGAAUUAGAUCCUUCCAAAGACGUAAUAGCGUAUGAAUAUUCUUUGGAAGAACAUUCUAUUCGGACUCCCCAACAGGACGUGGUCACUAAAGACAAUGUCGCUUUAUCCGUAAAUGGACUUGUCUGUGUCAAGGUUGUCGACCCUAAGUUGGCUUCGUAUGCGGUUAGGAAUCCGAUUGAUGAUGCCGUGAUUGAAUGUGCACAUUCGACAUUGCGAAGCAAGGUCGAAGAAUUAAUCGGCGUGGACAUACUUUUCUUGAAUUGGGGGGACACACUCAAUGAGGAAAUCAGAGUGGCGAUAAACGAAGCUGCAAAAGAUUGGGGGUUGCAGUGUGUUCGUUACAAAAUAGAGUAUAUCAUAUAUUUAAAACCCUAA